UGUGCUUGUAAAAUAAAAGUUUUUUCACCGUUUGGGAUUCCAGCAAAAUGCAUUAAACCCUAACCAAACCAUUCUUUCUUCUCUCAAUUUCUUGAUUAUUACAUCUUGAUGCGAAUCAGAAACCGAUUGGUAAAAAUCAAGAAUUUGUUGUGUACAAGUUAGGUUGAGGUGAAUGGAAAAUAAGAAUGUGGAUAAUCUGUUCAAUGAGUUUGCAUAUAAGGGAAGCAGUGAAGGGGAGCAUCCAAAGAAAACGGUGUUUUUGUCUCCUUGUCUUUCUAGAAAGUGUGUUAAGAAGAGGAAAUGUGAAGCAACUGAAAAUUUGAAAAUCCAAGAUUCUUCUUAUUUGGCACAAAUCUAUGAAUAUUUAGCUACAGUUGAAGAGAUUACAAAUAAGGCUAGUUUGUUACUUCAAAAUGUCUCUGACUCCUCUAGAGGAGGGUAUCAAGUUGAAGAUAACUGUAUGAAGGAUAUUAAUGAUUUUUUGAAUCAAUAUGUAUACCAUAGUAGGAGUGUGUCGAUUUCAACAAAGCGUGAAUCUGAAUAUAGAGCUAUAGUCAAAGAGGCUAAAAUUAAGUUUGAAUCGAUACUUGAAGAUUUAUCUAACUCCUUUCAACAAGCACCUAAAGUUGAAGAGGGUUCGUCUCCUGUUCCUUCUAAAAUGAAAUCCAAAAGUCGUGGUAAGAAAACUCAACCUUUUCUUAAGGCCGAGAGAUAUAAGGAAGCUUACAAAAGAAAAAGUCCGGAAAACAAUUGGCUGCCUCCACGUUCUCAUUGGAAUCUCAUUCAAGAGGAUCAUUUUCAUGAUCCAUGGAGAGUCUUAGUUAUUUGUAUGCUAUUAAACCGAACUACUGGUGCGCAGACAAAAAAAGUUUUAGACGAGUUUUUCAAGUUAUGUCCGGACGCCGAGUCUUGCAUGCGAGUAUCAAGAGAUGAGAUACAAGAGGUAAUAAAGUCAUUAGGUCUUCAAGGGAAAAGGUCGGCGAUGCUGCAACGCCUUUCUUGUGAAUACUUGUCCGAGAGUUGGACCCAUGUAACUGAACUCCAUAGUGUCGGCAAGUAUGCCGCGGAUGCUUAUGCUAUAUUUUGUACUGGAAAGUGGGAUGAAGUUGAGCCAAAUGAUCAUAUGCUGAACAAAUAUUGGAUUUUUCUUCGUAAUUCACAAGAUUAUAUAUUUCAUUUAUAGCUAGUUUUUUUUGACAAAAUGGCAAUAUGGACGAUCAAGUUAUUUUAUUUUUAUUGCUCAAGUUUAUGCAGUAGAUAGCAAUAUGGUUCUGCAAAUCUAUUUGAGACUUUUUUGUAACUUUUUGAGCUAUAAGAAAUAGGACAGCGUCAUUGUCUUUGUUUUUCAAUUCACUCAUUUCUCUAUUCUUAAAUUUUAUUGAAGAAAGAAA